GGCUACUGUUCAUUUCAAGAGUCUUAGUUUAUUCAUAAAACGCACUAUGACCUUUAAUCCGUGCAAUCCACACCCUAAACAGGAUAAAAUUACAAGCUCAUCUGCCAAUGAAAAUGAGUUGAAGAACUUCAGUGAAUACUAUGAAAAAAACAACCCUAGAAGGAACAAUAUUGAGAAGGUGAUCGACUUCAUCCAACUUGAUGGGGUUCCUGGCUCCGACAAGCCAAUUUUAGCUCAAACACUUUUUGUUCUUCUUAAGCAAGCUUACUUUAUGCCUUUAUCGAUUGACAGAAGCCACACACGUGAUGAUGACGAGUGCCUUGCUAAAGUCACUGAUGCUGUGCUUCCCAUAUCGAGACUUACACAUCUCAUUCUGGAUGGUAUGCUCGUUGAUAAAUCCACUCCAAUAAGAUCCGAGGGACUGCAGCUAGCUGUGACGGUGUUGUGGUCACACACAGAUGUCGACUCCAGAAUAGAUGCUGCGUGCUCAGAAAGCCUUGCAAAUGACAGUGUAAAACACAAUGGACUUGACUUGCAAGGGGUUCCUGCUUCAGCUGAUGAAAGGGAAACUAGAAUUGAAAGGUCACCUGGAAACCCGCCAACUUCCACAUUCGAGGACGACGAACUAUCGACUGGCCCUGUGGUCAUGCUGGACAUGUCCCUAACACUGCCGCAGAUGAUUCAGGAGGUGUGGGACUGCUUGGAAAAGAACGGAAAGCAUAAACUUCCAAACUUGAAAACAUUCAAUGUAGAGGCCGCACUGAAUAUUGCACGUGAGUAUGGGAAGCUAUGCUGUCCGAGAAAUCAUGUAAGCUUACCUAUCUAUGCUUCAAUUGUCAUUGAAGAUCCCAAUUCACGCCUUCUGCCGCAUAUCCGACGGAAAUUCCUCACAAACAAGAUCGUUCAAGGCUCUUUUCAUGUAACAACCAAGUAUUUUGGCGGUAUUCGCGAUGAUUUCAUGUUAGCACAACUGCUUACCCUUCAUAACCAGAAAAUUGAGCUGACCCUCUUGUGGGUUCUUUCUGAUUUGAAUGGUACCGCGGUUGUGGUUCGUAACCAAGACGGUAGGGAGUUUCCCUGUGACAACUACUUCGCGCAUAUUACCAUAGCCAACAGACGUGGUAUUCCGCCGAAAUACAGCAAUGAUCUGUGUUUCAGGGCGUCAUUAGGGAAGACUGGAGCGGAGAAUUAUAUUCAUAUCGUUAAACUACCCCCCCAAACCACAGUAAGUGGGAUCUUCUCAUUUCACUAUGGUUAUUGAAUUACUUGCUUUCCAAGAAUCCACAAAGACAUUUGUUUUUCCAAUUUCCGAGUGUUUCGUAUUUUCUCUUUCCUUUCAACGAAAAAUUUUGUGUAAUACAUAUUUCCAUAAACUCAUAAAUAUGAGUGCUCUUUAUUUAAUUUAUUUUUUAUUAAUAGUUGAUCCUGAUACCUAAUCAUGCAUGCAUUUAUACAUAUUUGCAAUACAAUUAUAAGCUUUUGUUAUCUUCGCUUUAUUCAUCAUAAUAGUUGUUCCUAAACUGGUAAUCGUUGUCGAAAGCUAUUAGUACGAAAAUUUACACGUGCAAGGGAGUGAAAGCGAAACGUUGUACGACAACUCUAAUCCUGGUACUCAUGUACGCUGUGCUGUUCUCUACCCCAUUUAAUUCGUUCACUAGCCUACUUAUUUUAAGCGGCUAAAAUUUACUUCGAUAACAGAUCUUACCUCCGCAUAAAUUUUAAGGUUUUUCUAGGAAGAUAAUCUCAUUAAAGGGUGAACAUGUACCGUUCAGCAGAGGAUAGCACGCAAUGUAUGGUGAUGUACGCUAUGCAGCGUGGUAUGGUGCAUCAAAUGAGCGAAUAAACCUCUUUAAUGAGCAGCUUAUGCAGAAGUUCCAAAUGCAGGCUGCUUCCGCUGGUGCUUCCUAUGGUAAUAGUAUGCAGCAGUUGUAAGGGAUAACAGAUGACUAUACCGAGACAAACACUCAUUAUAAUGACGGAUGCUUUUAAGGGCCACAUUAGGCAGAUCAAUGCAUUGAUCGAGCAAACAACUUCCAAAACGCCACGUCAUCCGCCGAAGGCUUACCAGAUAAAAAUGCCACUAACAUGUAUAAUCCCCAGCUCCCAAUGUGCAAUGUAGGAUUAGCAGGUCUCGGUCUGCAGAGUAUGUAUGACGCCGGCUCCUACAGUGUUUACGGUGAUACUACCCAUUAAUGGAUCGUAGAAUUGAAACUCGUCAUUCUCAACGAAAAGGGAGCUAACUCUACGUUGACCGGCGUCCCGGUUUGAACUGACGACCGACCGAUGCCCAGAAUCCUCCUUGUCAUAGGUAGGAGUGUUGCGAAAGUGUUAGGAGGUUUUGCCCAGUCGAGGCAGAAGUGGUAUAGAGAGCUUUGAUUGGAUUAAAGGAACUCUUCCAGAUAUUUUAAUUUGUGAAACAGUCAAGCGAUUAGAUGGGCCUAAGGCCGAUAUGGGAAGUAGGGAGUGAUUGAUCUUAUGUUCAAUAUCUGAAUCCCUUAUCUUGAAAGGGAUGAUAUAAAAUAAGAGUAGCUUGCGAAUGAAUUUAAAUAGAUCUAUGUCAUCACAAAGUUCCAAGAUUGUGACAAACUUAGUUGAGAUCCUAUUCUUAUCGUCUUUCAAAAGCUUAUGGCUUGGGGGAAGUGUGACUAUGCUUAGGUUGAAUGUAGUGUGAAUCUCAGGACUCAAAAAAGCGAAGUAUUCUGUAAGCAAAGUUCUUCCAAACACCUUUUUUUCCUUAUAAUAAAGUUGAUAAAUCUGAUCAGAGGAGUCAAAUAGAAAGGUAAAGCUAUGUAAAGGUUUUACAGAAUCUUUUUAAUUAAGAAAGGGUAUAAAAACACAACUCACUGCUCGUCUUUGGUGAUAAUAUUCAUUUUGUUUCCUUAUAAUAUCUUUUUAUUGCUUUUCAUGCUUUUUAUAAAACUUCUUUCACCUGAUUUAAUUUUAACUUUAGUUCAUGAUUGAUUUGUUAUUUUUUCUCCCAUAGUUGCCUCAUAUACUUUUCAUAUAAGGGUCCCGUUUUCUCUCGUAAAAUGCGAUAGGGAGAUGCAUGUAUCCCGCUAAAUCAUUAGAUGGUUAUUAUAUUCAUGAAAAAUAUGAAAUUUCGGAGUAAAACUAUAUUAAUGCCAUUUUACAUGGAUAUGUCGUGUUUGUCGCUCGUAAACAAACAUAUUUCCUUGAAUUUCGCCCA